CGCAACCAACACCAACCAAGACAACUCAGACGGAACCCCGUUCACACCGCAGUGCCCAUCGUUCUCGGUUUGGACCAACCAGCAACAGAAGCCUUGCCCUCCCCGAGAAUCCUCGCCAUCCACAUGCCUUACUCACUGUUGCCGGACUCGAUGACGAGCUCCAGCUGCCGGUUCGUAUACAUCUGCCGUGACCCGAAGGACACACUGGUCUCCAUGUGGCACUUCAGAGAGAAGACGAGGCCGAAGACCAUGGAGCCUACUCCGUUCGCCGAAGCCUUCGAGGCGUUCUGUGAGGGGACCAGCCCCGUUGGGCCGAUGUGGGACCAUGCUUUGGAGUACUGGAGGGCGAGCUUGAGGAGCCCUGAGAAGGUCUUGUUCUUGAAGUAUGAGGAGAUGAUGGAUGAGCCGGUCGGGAACGUGAGGAGGUUGGCGGAGUUCAUGGGUUGCCCCUUCACCGAAGAGGAGGAGAAGGGAGGGGUGGUGGAGGAGAUUGUAAAGCUUUGUGGCUUUGAGAACCUGAAAAACUUGGAAGUAAACAAGGUGGGAACCCAAGGAGGUCCUGGCUGUUAGAUAAAAAAAUAUGAGGAAGAACACUCAAGAAGAAAGUUUGGAAGAAAAAUAAUUUUCAUUUAACUCACAUCCAAACACAAUUAGAGUACAUGGAUAUUUAUAGGGACUUUAGAUGGUCUUUUAACCUUCCUAAUUGAAUUAGUCAUUACACCAUUCAUAACCCCAAAUAAAUCUCAAAUAACUCUCUCUAAAUAAAUUUCUUAUAACUCCAUGUAACUCCGACAUGACCAAAAAACCA